AUGGGCUGGUUUGGGGGCAAAUCCGAUCAGGAUGACCCGGUCAAAAAGCUAGAUCCGGGUCUCCGAGAAUACCUCGAGCAUGAAGCACCUAAGAAAUACGUCCCUACGACCCCGAUCUCCUCGUCGCAGGAUGCGUCCAAGCCAGUCGAUACGAACCCAUCACCAUCAGAUACCAAUGAGCCCUCAACCACCUCCAUUCCCACUGCCUCACUUUUCCCCGACGGCCGCUAUGCCCACCUCUGGAAGACCUACAAGCCGCAAGCCAACGAAGACUCACAAAUGAAGGGUGCUGAACGGGUGAUUGAGAAGUACAAGCAGCGGGGCGACACCGUCCAUCGGGCGGCAAUGGAGAACUGCGCCUUGGAGCAUGAGGACCUGACCUAUUGCUUCCAGACCGGGAAUUGGAAGAAACGAUUGCAGUCGCGGAUGACAAUGUGUUCCGAGGAGAAUGCGACCUUUUCUCGCUGCUUCACUACUCAGGCGAAAUUUCUCCAGGCUCUAGGCUAUGCCUCUGCGUUCGAGUGGGAUCCCGAAAGAGAAGAACGCAUCCAGAUGCAUGCCGACAAGUUGUACCAUGAAAUGCUGAGGUACGAGAAACAAGUCGAGGAAGCCCAGGCGGCAGGUCAGGAACCACCUCCUCUUACAUCGCUCUUCAACCCCCAGGCGAAGCAACAGAGCACAGAGCCCAGCUCGAGCUCCAGUGCAUUGGAGAUUCCCGGAGGAGAGCCGAUCCCAGCCGGAUUCAAGCCAUCCAAGCCCCUAGAAAGCCUUACUCCGCAUGAAAGAGAAUUGGAGAUCCGUGCACAUUAUGCGCAAUUGGAGCAGCAGAAGUUGUACGCGCAGGAGGCGACGCCAUUUAUGAAGUCGCAGGAGGAUGCCCGGUCCAAGCGGCGGGAGAAGGCCGUGAGCUGGUUCGGAGAGACGGUGGGCAAAUGGAUCACCUGA